AUGGAUGAAUCGUGUGAAGAGGACUUGCAAGUUGAGACGAUAGACGUACCUACUACUCUUACUUUAAAGGAAGGUGGUUAUGAUUGGUCAUUCAUACCAAUGCAUAUGAUCAGUCUAGCAACAACGACUUCUCCUUCAUCUCUAAAGAUACUGUUUGGAUAA